AGGCCAUAUGAAAUCCACUCAGCCACUCCCAUCGAUGAGGUCCUCAACAUGUUCAAGGUGGAGCGUGUCCACUACUCCUCCACGUGGUGCAAGGGCAUGGUCGCCCUGCUGAAGAAGCUCCUGACCAAGGACCCCAAGAGCCGCCUGUCCAGCCUCGGUGAAGUCCAGAGUGCACCCUACUUGGCCGACAUGAACUGGGACGCGGUGUGGGAGAAGGCCCUGAUGCCCGGCUUCGUACCCAAUAAAGGGAGACUGAACUGUGAUCCCACAUUUGAACUUGAAGAAAUGAUUCUUGAAUCCAACCCACUUCACAAAAAGAAAAAGAGGUUGGCAAAAAACAGGUCCAAAGAUGGCACGAAGGACAGCUGUCCUCUGAAUGGACACCUCCAGCAGUGCCUGGAGACAGUGCGGAAAGAAUUCAUCAUAUUCAACAGAGAGAAGCUGAGGAAGCAGCAAGGGCAGAGCGGCCAGCUCUUGGACACAGAAGGCCGAGCCGGGAGCCAGGCCCAGGGCAAGCUCCAGGACGGGUGUAACAACAACAUUCUGGCCCACGCCUGCUCCCGUGGCUGCAGCAGCUAA